AUGACCCCGGCCCCUCAGAUUCCUGUCCCGGCCCAUACGCUCGCGGAAUCUAUGUUGUCGCGACACUUUGGUCGAGAGACGGUCAACUAUUUUUCCAGCUCGCCUAUAAACCGCUUAUCGUUUCUGCGGUCCGACCAUCCGUUCCUCUCUGCGGCCCUGAAACACCCGGCUACCCGGUUCGUCCUGCUGAACAACCUCGCACCCCUAACCCGGUCAUCAUCCGAGCUGUUCUAUGCCAAAUACGAUGAUGUGCGCAAGCUCGUUUCUCAAGACCUCUUUGACAAGCCCGAGGGAGACAUGAUCAAGAGCUAUGACUCGCGCAAGACGUACCCAAAUCUGAUAUUCCUCGGACUGGACGAGUCCCGCAAGGACGGCGGCCUGGCAUGGAAGAUCUAUUCGGGUACUCCAUACUUCGCUGUGGAUGUUACUCCCAAGGGGUCUGAGGAGCAGCAGACCGCAGCAAAGGAUAUAAUCAGCGCCAUGGAGGCCAGGGGAUUGUCAUUCUUCCAAACCCGGGUGAUGAUGACAUUUUCCGCCGACGAAGCGGCCAUAUAUGCGCAAUCGCGCGCCUUGAUCGACUGGAACAACCGGAAUACCUUCUGCGGCACCUGCGGCCACCCCACAAUGGCUGUGAACGCAGGAACCAAGCGUGCAUGUCCGCCCACGGAUGCGGCGCGCGCCGUCGAUGGGAAGUCGGAGGAGCGACCCGCCUGCAACACCCGCACCACGCUCUCGAACCUAUCAUUCCCCCGCACCGACCCCACCAUCAUCGUGGCCGUGGUUUCUGCGGACGGGAAGCGGAUCCUGCUUGGUCGUUCCAAGAGGUUUCCGCCGAACUGGUACUCCACUCUCGCGGGGUUCAUCGAGCCGGCCGAGUCGGUUGAAGACGCCGUCCGGAGAGAGGUGUGGGAAGAAGCGGGCGUGACGCUGUCGCGGGUCGUCAUCCAUUCCUCGCAGCCCUGGCCGUACCCGGCGAAUCUGAUGAUCGGGGCCAUUGCCCAGGUCAGCGAUCCUGCUCACGAGACUAUUUCCUUGCAGCAUGACCCGGAACUUGAGGAUGCGCGGUGGUUUGAGGUUGAGGAGGUGGAAGAGGCCUUGAAGAUUGGAACCAGCGAUUUGAGCGCGGGCGCUGGUCCGGAGUACAAGGGAGGUCUGAGAUUGCCGCCUCCGACGGCAAUCGCGAACCAGCUGAUCAAGGCGGCUGCGAGCGCAGAGUAUUUUGCUGCUGGGACGAAUGCGAAGAUGUGA